ACCUGGUUAAGCGCGUGUACAUCGAUUGGAAGCUAUCCACGUCAUCAUUCUCCUUUCCUUCAAUGCUAUCCUAUGGGACGCUACGAGCAUGCAUCAGGGUCGAUGGACAAGCUUUGGAGAGCUAUGGAAUUGAGAUGUUUCCAGAAGAAAAUAAGGUGACCUGUUGGAUUGCUUCGGAAGCAGGAAAGAUGUUCUCUGUAGUAUGGCAAGAUAUCAACUAUGCACGCCAGUAUCACCAAACAGGAGAUGUGACACUCGAUGGCAUACAUGGAGGGGGUCAAUUAAUGCGUGCUUUAGGUUUCAAUGAGCCACCGACGUAUCAGAGAUGUACUGCGGAAUUCAAAUACGUCAACACAUCGAUGAAUUCCAUCCGUCCGCUUACCUUUUCGAGGCUCCAGCUGACGGAUGAAGAUCAACACCUGAAUUCUGCACAUGCAGAGCUCGGAGAAAUUUCCUUGGCCAUCUGGCCUGUGAGUGUGAUCGGCAUGGGCUACCGAAAAAAUACAGUCUCUGCUAAGGGGACGAUAGUCCACGAGCGCUCAAAGAAGGCAUCAAGUCACUGUGUGGGGUUUGGAGAGGAGAUCCGCGUGCCGCCGCAACAGGUAAUUAACGUGGCGCGCGUUGGAAUAACCCCCACAGCUACAUUUGUUUUCAGGUACAGACCAUUUGAUCGACUCGUGGCAGAUGGUAUUGCCCCGCCACCUAUGCAACCUUCAUGGGGAACCAAGCGUGAAGCUCCUGUGGACGUACCAGAAUCGGAAGAUUACAACGAUGGGACAGGCUCAGAUAUAGAUGAUGAAGCCUUGCGUGAGCUUAAUGCGCUGAAAGCACAAGUGAAAAGGCUCGAGGAAAGAAUAACCACUACCCGCAGUGCCAAGAGGGUAAAAUUGGAGUCCAGUGACAGCAUGCGGAGUCAGUGAGACGUUGAGGAGUAUCACUACCUUAUAGCGCACACAACGUAA